UUCCGCUCUCUCCUCUCUGCACGUAGCACUUUCCUCUCUUCAAAAACCGGCGCCAGCUUCACUCCCCCUCUCCUGGCCUCCCGGUUUCGACCGAACCCUCAGCGAUACAGUCUCGAUUAGAGAUAAAGGGGAAGGCAACACCGGAUCGCGGCGUACAGAGACCCCAAAUUCCCAUCUUUUUCCUCUUUCUGCUCCCAUCCUACCGGAAGCUUUAUUUACAGGGCUAAACAGUUCGCAUCGCAUUGGAUCGCUUCUCUCACUGUGGAGAAAGAAACGAGAAGAACGUUUGAAACUACAAAUUUCGACGUCGGCUGCGGUCAUGGCGUCGGAUCUUUCAUCGGAGAACGACGUAGAUGGAGAUGACGAAAGGGAGGAGGAUGAUGAUGAAGAGGAGGAGGAGGAAGGGGACGAGGCAGUAGAGGAAGAGGAGGAACCAAGGCUUAAGUACCAGAGGAUGGGCGGGAGCGUGCCGUCCCUUCUUUCAACCGAUGCAGCGGCGUCUAUUGCCAUUGCUGAACGGAUGAUCGCCCUUGGGACACAUGAUGGCACCGUGCAUAUACUUGACUUCCAGGGAAAUCAGGUCAAAGAAUUCUCUGCUCAUAAUGCUACUGUCAACGACCUUUGUUUUGAUGCAGAAGGUGAAUAUGUCGGUAGCUGCUCCGAUGAUGGAUCUGUGGUUAUAAACGGCCUCUUCACCGAUGAAAGAUUGAAAUUUGAGUACCAUCGUCCAAUGAAAAGCAUAGCUCUGGAUCCAGAUUAUUCUCGAAAAUCUACUCGUAGAUUUGUUGCUGGAGGUUUAGCUGGUCAGCUUUUCUUGAACUCAAAGACCUGGCUAGGGUACAACAAACAGGUUUUACAUGAUGGUGAGGGUCCAAUACAUGCAGUUAAGUGGAGAACCUGUCUUAUUGCUUGGGCCAAUGAUGCUGGGGUGAAAGUUUAUGACAUGGUUAAUAAUGUAAGGGUUACUUUUAUUGAGAGACCUUACGGAAUUCCACGCCCAGAGCUUUUGCUUCCUCGUUUGGUCUGGCAGGAUGACAGUUUAUUAGUAAUUGGAUGGGGCACAAGUGUAAAGAUUGCUGCAAUAAGAACCAGCUCGCCAGGUGUCAAUGGGGUACAAAAAAACAUCCCCGCAUCAAGUGCAAAGUAUGUUGAUAUCGUGGCUUCUUUUCAGACUAGCUAUUCCAUAUCUGGUAUAGCUCCCUUUGGUGAUGCUCUAGUUGUAUUGGCCUACAUUCCAGAGAAUGUGAAUGGUGAAAAAGAUUUCCAUAGCACGAUGCCUUCACGCCAGGGAACUGCACAAAGGCCAGAAGUACGGAUUGUGACGUGGAAAAAUGAAGAACUUACAACUGAUGCUCUCCCAGUGCACGGUUUUGAGCAUUACAAAGCUAAGGAUUAUACUCUAGCACAUGCUCCAUUCACAGGAAGCAGUUAUGCGGGUGGUCAGUGGGCUGCCGGUGAUGAACCAUUGUAUUAUAUUGUUUCUCCUAAGGAUGUUGUCAUUGCCAGGCCUAGAGACGCUGAAGAUCAUAUUGCUUGGCUUCUUCAACACGGCUUUCAUGAAAAGGCUUUGGCUGCUGUGGAAGCGGGGCAAGGAAGGAAUGAGCUGCUUGAUGAGGUGGGAUCCAGAUAUCUUGACCAUCUGAUUGUCGAAAGAAAAUAUGCUGAAGCAGCAUCCUUGUGUCCUAAAUUGCUUCGUGGUUCAGCCUCAGCAUGGGAGAGAUGGGUUUUUCACUUCGCUCAUCUGCGGCAGCUUCCUGUUUUGGUUAGUUACAUGCCUACAGAAAAUCCCCAACUAAGUGAUACUGCUUAUGAGGUUGCACUUGUUGCAUUAGCAACUAAUCCUUCUUUCCAUAAUGUCUUACUGGCAACUGUUCGGUCAUGGCCGCCUACCAUAUAUUCCUCGUUGCCUAUUAUUUCUGCAAUUGAAUCGCAGCUUAGUACUUACUCUACAACCAACUUAUUAAAAGAGGCAUUAGCUGAAUUAUAUGUUAUCAACUGUCAAUAUGAGAAGGCUCUUGCUUUAUAUGCUGAUUUAUUGAAACCGGAGAUAUUUGAUUUCAUUGAGAAAAAUAAUCUACAUGAUGCAAUUCAUGGAAUGGUUGUGCAACUCAUGAUGCUUGACAGCAAAAGAGCAGUGCUUUUGCUGAUACAUCAUCGUGAUAUUAUUCUUCCUUUUGAAGUAGUUGAACAAUUGCUGAAUGUUCAUGAAAGUUACGAUACAAAAUACUUUUUGCAUUUAUACCUUCAUUCAUUGUUUGAAAUUGAUGUCAAUGCAGGAAAAGAGUACCAUGACUUGCAGGUAGAGCUUUAUGCUGACUAUGAGCCACGAAUGCUGCUCACAUUUCUUCGUAUAAGUCAACAUUAUAAGUUAGACAAGGCAUAUGAUACAUGUGUCAGAAAAGGUUUGCUCAGGGAACAAGCCUUCAUUUUAGGAAGGAUGGGCAAUGCUAAAAAGGCUCUUGCAGUUAUUAUAGAUAAAUUGGAAAAUAUAGAGGAGGCUGUGGAGUUUGUUUCUACGCAGCAAGAUGAUGAAUUAUGGCAGGAGUUAAUCAGACAAUGUCUACGCAAACCUGAAAUGGUUGGAAUGUUAUUAGACCAUACAGUUGGUAAUCUGGAUCCACUUUAUAUCGUGACUACGGUGCCUAAUGGAUUAAAAGUACCUCGGUUGCGAGAUCGCUUGGUCAAAAUCAUCACCGAUUACCGAACAGAAACUUCUCUAAGAAAGGGAUGCAAUGAAAUUCUCAAGGCUGACUGUGUUAACCUUCUGAUCAAGUACUACAAAGAGGCUCAGCGUGCAGUGUGCAUGGGAAGCACAGAAGAGGAAAAACAUGCCAAGGUGGAGGAGAGCUCAUCAACCCAAGAGAGCCGAAGAGGAUCAAAUGCUAUGUCGGUCGAACUGAAAUCAAGAACUAGGGGAAGCGGAAGGUGUUGCUUAUGUUUUGAUCCAUUUUCAAUCCAAAAUGUGUCUGUCGUCGUGUUCUUUUGUUGCCAUGCAUAUCACCUCACCUGUCUCACAGGGGGCUCAGAUUCAGUUUAUAUGGAAAGUCGAGUUGUUAAUAGUGAUGAUGAUGAGGAUGAGGAUGCCCCAUCUGGGGGAUCACGAAUUCGGUGUGUGUUGUGCACAACAGCUGCUGGUUGAGUGAUGUUCGUGUGUUUGUUUUUAUGUGAAUUUUGUUGAGUGCUCUUCUCCAUGCAAUUCUUUCCUCAUUCAGGCCGUGCAUUUAAAUUGUUUUGUGCAUUAGCUUUUCUCUCAU